CAACUUCAUUCAACACACACAACAAGUGGACGGUACAAGGUGAAGACACGGUGUUGAGCUGAGGACACAUAAAGUCUUAUUCAUUUAUCCAACGACACUCAAGGUUUUCAAGAUGGCCUUGAGUGUGGCGGACAGAGCCAUAGGGGCCAUUAUUGGGGCAGCAGUUGCAGAUGCAGCAGCCCAGCCGAUGCACUGGAUCUACAGCCCAGACCGGCUCAGAGAACUCCUGAGUGAUGUGGAGCCGCGUCCAGAGUUUAGGCCUCAGUCAGCGAAUCCUUUCUACCGCAGAGCGACGGGUGAGCAGACGUGCUAUGGCGACCAGGCCUACGUCCUGCUGGAGUCACUGAGUCACUGCGGAGAUGUGGACGUGGACGACCUGACUAAGCGCAUCUACAAGUUCUUUGGCCGGGGAACUGAGUACGACCUGCCUCUCAAUGAUCCAUACAGGGAGAAAGGAGGUCCUAAAGCCAUUCUCCCCAUCGAUGGCCCGUGGAGGCACGCCAGCCUGAAGGCUUUCAUCAGAAACGUGGAUGCCGGCAAAGAUGAAACUGGCUGUGAUGUGGACUGCCAGAUGGACGGUGUCACUAAACUGGCCCCAGUCGUGGCCAUGUUCGUUGGACGACCCGAGAUGCUGGAGAAGGUGGAAAGAGCCGUGCGGGUCACGCAGAACGACGACAUGUGUGUGGCUGUGACACUGGCUGCUGCGAGGUUUUUGGAGCAUUUCAUUCUGAAUGGCCCAGAUCCCAACGCCCUGGAUGCAGUUCUGGCUCAGCUGAAUGACCCGAAGAGACAGAACCCUCAGGAGCUGGACCGAGCUGUCACUGCCCAUAUCCACCAGGUGAAGGCGAAUCUGGCCAAGACAUCCCAGGAGCUCAUACCUGCUGUGUUCACAAACACAUGAGCUUUGCCCGGUGCAUUUCAGGGAGCGCUUCAUGGAGUCCUGACGCUGAACCAGCUGGAGGAAGCAGUCAGGGACACCAUGCGCUGCGGGGGAUGCACCGCCAGCCGAGCCUCCUUCAUAGGAGCCUGUUUUGGAGCUCAGACCGGCCCUCAGGGAAUCCCAGAGUCUUGGAAGGACAGGACGCUCAGAUAUCCUCGGCUUCUGGAGCUGGCUGAGAACGUGGUGCAAAAAAACAAAUCAGCAGUUGAAGUUCAGCCUUGAAUAUGACUGAAGCUGUUGAUAAGACUUUCCCAUGUUGCAGUACUUUGACACAGCAAUCCAUGAUGGUCUCAUUUUAAAGUCAUGUACUGAGUGAAACCUGAACCUCUUUGCUCUGGAAAAGUUGCUUCAUGGGAGAGAGUGAGUGUUGUGUGAGGAGUGAGACAUAUUCAUCUAGAGCAGCUGCAUUGUAAGCGACAAUAAUAAAGACUGUUUAUGUGCUUAA